GGGGCGCUCCCGGAAGACGCGGAGGCUCGGGCUCCGAGCGCGAUCCCGGGUCCUCCGCGCUUGAUUCCCGGCCCUCUGCUUCGGCUUCCAGCUCCCGGCGUGGGAUCCUCUGCCUUCUGCACCUCCUCCCCGCUCUCGCUGCUCCGAUCCCAGGCUCUGUGCACCCAACUCCCAAGCCCUCGCACCCCGACCCCCCGCUCUCCUCCGCUCUCCCUCGCUCGCCCUUGCGGCCGGGGCCCCCUACGGGCCUCUGUGCUGCGACCCUUUGCAAACCCUUGACCCCGACCCGACUCCACCUUCGUCCAGCACCUAGAAGCGGUACCCCGCCACACCGGUGACCUCGUGCGGGCCCCAGAACGCAGUGACGCUGCGGUCGCCCGGCUCUGUUUCCGCCCGCGCGGCCACCUCGCGCAGGCCACGUUCUCGCCCUGGGCCUGGCUUCGAAUCUGGCUUGGCCCCUCGGGUUCUCACAGUGGAUUCCGUUCUGAAAGUCCCCGUGGGCGCAGCUGGUCUCGGGCGAAGGCCGCCGGCAGCCUCAAGCCUUGGGCCAGGGCCCUACCGGAGAGGAGGGAGUAGGGCGUGGGGCCCGGAGGGACGGAUGGGCCGUUCCCUCGGGCGGGCAAGGCGGGGCAGGGUUGUGGGGCCGGAGGGGGAGUGCGGCCCGGCGGCGGGGGGGCUGGGCGCAGGACUGGGCUUAGACUACACGUGAGCUGAACGGGGUCAGCUGUGGUCCCGGACUCAAGUCCGCUUGCCGGAAGUGUGAACAUAGGUAGGUGCCCUUUAAGCGGAGGGCAGGCAGCCUAGGCCGCGGAACUCUGGGAGAGGAUGGUGACUCCUUGGCGCCUCUCUGUCAGGGUCUGCUUGGCGUACCUAAGGGGUUUUGAGCUCAGAAAGGAACUCUAUCUUUUAAGACCCUUUGGAUGCCCUCGAAAUUCCAGACUCUGUUGGCUUCUGCUUGGCACUUUGCCCAAACUCGUCUCAGUCCAUGGGGACAUUGGUGAGGGAGCCUCUGAGAACGCGUGUCAGCCAAGGGCCAGCUGGAGUGACCUGGCUGACAAUGGGCCUCUGGAGAGAGUCUCCCAAGACACGUGGCAUGGCUGCCUCCUCUACCUCCGCCUGGGGCUGCGAGCUGGGGCUCUCCUGGUGAAAUUCUUCCCCCUCCUCCUACUCUACCCUCUCACCUACCUGGCUCCCAGCAUCUCCAGCCUCUGGCUGCACCUGCUUCUGAAAGCCACAGAGACCUCCGGCCCCACGUACAUCAAACUGGGCCAGUGGGCCAGCACCCGGCGAGAUCUCUUCUCAGAGGCCUUCUGUGCCCAGUUCUCGAAGCUACACGUCCGGGUGACUCCGCACCCCUGGGCUCACACUGAGCACAUCCUGCAGCAGGCGUUUGGGGAGGACUGGGGGAAGGUCCUCCGCUUCGAGAAGCAGGACCCCGUGGGUUCAGGCUGCGUGGCCCAAGUGUACAAAGCACGUGCCAACCCUGUCUUCCUGGAGAAUGACGGCAUCCAGAGACUCGCCCGGGCUUCCAGGCUGCAGCCUCCUUCAGAGGCUGGGGCAGCUGCGGGGCUGAGAGAGCUGUUUGGGCACCUGGAGAAGCGGUGGUGGUCUCAAGGAAAUCUUGCCGACCAGUCGUUUCUAGAAAGACUUCUUCUCCCUAAAGCCGACCUGACGAGAUCAGACACAGUUGUGUCCCAGGCCUUGGCACCUGCCCACCCCCCUCAGCCACAUCACCUCAUCCCUGUGGCAGUGAAAGUGUUGCACCCCGGCCUGCUCUCUCAGGUGCGGAUGGACUUGCUGCUGAUGAAGAUGGGCAGCAGAGUCCUUGGACUUUUGCCAGGAAUCAAGUGGCUUAGCUUGCCUGAGAUAGUGGAGGAAUUUGAGAAGCUCAUGGUUCAACAGAUCGACCUGCGCUACGAAGCCCGGAACCUGGAACACUUCCAGUGCAACUUCCUGAACGUGCAGUCCGUCCGCUUCCCCACCCCUCUGCAUCCCUUCGUCACCAGGGAUGUCUUGGUGGAGACGUAUGAAGAGAGCGUGCCAGUGUCCAGUUACCAGCAGGCGGGGAUCCCCGUCGACCUGAAGAGGAAGAUUGCUCGGCUGGGGAUCAACAUGCUCCUGAAGAUGAUAUUUGAGGACAACUUUGUCCACGCAGACCUUCACCCCGGGAACAUCCUGGUCCAGGGCGCCGAUGGUCUUUCUGCGAGUCAAGAGGCGCGGCUGCAGCAGGUGGAUGUCUGUGACACGCUAGUGGCGUCCGUGACGCCUGCGCAGUGCCCCCUGCGCCUGGUGCUCCUGGAUGCUGGCAUCGUGGCUGAGCUGCAGGCCGCGGACCUCAGGAACUUCCAGGCGGUUUUCAUGGCCGUGGCAAUGGGACAGGGUGACAGAGUGGCCGAGCUCAUCCUGCAUCACGCUCGGGCCAGUGAGUGCAGGGACGUCGGGCGAUUCAAGGCUGAGAUGGCCACACUGGUGACCCAGGCCAGGAAGGACACGAUCACCCUGGAAAAGCUUCAAGUCUCCAGCCUUCUCUCCAGCGUCUUUAAGUUACUGAUGACUCACAAGGUGAAGCUUGAGAGCAACUUUGCUUCCAUUGUGUUUGCCAUCAUGGUGCUAGAGGGGCUUGGCCGCUCGCUGGACCCCAAACUGGACAUCCUGGAGGCAGCAAAGCCCUUCCUGCUGAAAGGGCUAGUGUCUUCCCCCUGACCAUGGCCGUGGCUGUGCGGUGGUCCCCGCCUCUGCUGAGGACUGAAGGCCGCUCCCCACAGCCUCUCCCGGGGCAGCCGGAACGUUUACAAACUGGGAUGUGUGGGGGGCAGCCCGUUGCUUUUCACUCGGAUUUGGUUCAGGCACCUGUUUAAACAGCUUUGGGUUAUUUGGGGAAGUAAAGGGAGGGAGGGGGUCCCAUCUAUUCAGUUGUAGGAGCUGGGCCUGGUGGGAGACUCUAUUUUGGGGAAAAGGUUCUGUGGAGGAGGACAAAUAAACUUAAGUUAUUUUGUU